UGCCACUCUCUCUAAUGGAGUUUCUUGAGAAUAAGACCGUUUUGAUCACUGGAGCCACUGGUUUUCUAGCAAAAAUUUUAAUCGAGAAAAUUCUUCGGAUUCAACCAAAUGUGAAGAAACUCUACCUGUUAUUAAGAGCAGCUGAUGAAACUGAAGCUAAAAAACGUUUCUAUAAUGAGGUGAUUGAGAAGGAUUUGUUCCAAGUUUUGAGGAAGAAAUGGGGUGCAAAUCUAAAUACCUUAAUUUCCGAGAAGAUUUGUUUGGUGCCGGGAGAGAUCUCGCUCUCGCAAAUGGGAUUGAAAGAUUCCAUUUGGGUCGACGAGAUGAAGAAUCAAGUGGAAAUAGUUAUAAAUUUAGCUGCAACUACUCAUUUCGAUGAAAGGUACGAUGUAGCACUUGACACCAAUACGAUUGGAGUUGAACAUGUCGUAAGGUUUGCAAAGGAAUGUCGUAAUUUGAAGCUUCUUGUUCAUGUAUCUACUGCUUAUGUUUCGGGAGAAAGGGACGGAGUCAUCUUGGAAAGUUCAUAUAAAAUGGGUGAGUCUCUUAAUGGCGUCAAAGGGCUCGACAUUGAAGAAGAACAAGCCAUUGUAGCGGACAAAUUAAAACAGCUUAAAGAGAACGGCGCUACAGAAGAGUUCGUAACUCAAACUAUGAAAGACUUAGGCCUUGAAAGGGCAAAUCUAUAUGGAUGGCCGAACACAUACGUAUUCACAAAGGCAAUGGGUGAAAUGACGAUUGGUGACCUAAAAAACGAUCUACCUCUGAUCAUCAUUCGACCAACAAUAGUUACGAGUACUUACAAAGAACCGUUUCCGGGUUGGGUCGAGGGAGUUAGGACCAUUGAUAGCAUUAUUGUUGGAUAUGCCAAAGGGAAGCUAACAUGCUUUGCUGCUGGUACCAAUUCAAGCCUUGAUUUGAUUCCGGCCGAUAUAGUGGUAAACACAAUGAUCAUGGCGAUGGCAGCUCAUGAAGACCAGCCGUCUGAUCAAACGAUCUAUCACGUGGGUUCUUCAGCGAGAAAUUCCAUGACGCAUAUUGAUCUUCAACGUUUUAGUUAUCAAUAUUUCACUCAGAAACCGUUGAUCGACAAAAAUGGAAAAGCCAUUAAACUCGGAAAAGUUACCCUCUUCAACAGUAUGGCUAAGUUUCAUAGAUACCUAGCCAUUCGCUACUUAAUUUUUCUCAAGGGACUCGAAUUUGCAAACAUAGCAUUUUGCCAUUCUUUUCAAGACAAAUACGUCGAUAUGAGGAGGAAGUUCAAUUUGGUGAUGCGUCUCUUCGAACUUUAUCGCCCCUAUCUCUUCUUCAAUGCUAUAUUUGAUGAUACGAACACAGAGAGAUUAAGGAAUGAUAUACGAAACAAAGAUACAAACGAAGCAUUUGUUAUGGAUCCUAAAGAUAUCAACUGGGAAGAUUACUUUAUGAACAUUCACUUUCCGGGACUUGUUAAACAUGUUAUCAGAUAAUCGUAAUUUUAUCUGGAAAAAUAAAAUUACUUAUUUUUAUCGAUCAAUUACUCUCUACAAAUUUUUAAAAAUUAAAUUAUGUUUAUUAUAAAGU